UGCUCUAACCAAAUUUUAACCUAUUUGUUUUUGUUAUUCUUCAUAUUUUAAUAUGAUAUACUAAUACAUUCGCUGCCUGAAGUAAUAAUUGAUUGUUCAAAAGAAAUGUUGAGAACAUGAAGGGAAGUAUGUGAAGUGUUUUCAUUGAUUUUUUAAGUCAUCUAGUGAAAACAAACUUCUGACUGAAAAAAAAUGUCUUCGCUACUAUCUGCUGAAAUAGCAGCCACAUGCAGUGCACUCGGUUAUUUCGACGCCGCACAAAAUAAAUAUUUCGCCGAUUCCAACAGCUUAGAAACGGUAAAAGAUCUCGUCCGCUAUUUACGAAGAGACGAUGAAAACCACGACAUUCGUAGACAACUGGGACAAAUCAAAGUGUUGCAAACCGAUCUACUCCCCCUUCUAAAAAGCUAUCACGAAGAGGACGACCUAUUCGACGUGCUCCUAAGGUUGAUCAUGAACCUAACCACUCCGCCGUUGCUGCUCUGGAAUUUUGAGGUACCGAAAGAAAAAAGCACCCGUAACUUUUACAUGCAAGUGGAGGACCACUUGAAAUCUUACAAGGAAGCUUUCACGGAAGAGGGAGUUUGGGCAGUCUUGAGCACAAGGUUGAGCAAGAUACUGGAAGUCGAUAACGCUGAAAGGGGUGAAGAGAACGGAGUGAAAAUCGAGAGGAUAUUGAUUCUUGUACGGAAUGUUUUGUUCGUUCCAGCUGACGCCUCGGAGCGAAGACCUGAUAACGAUGCAAGCCUACAUGAUCAGGUAGUAUGGGCUCUGCAAAAGUCAGGUAUGUUGGACAUCAUUCUCUUCAUGACCAGUUCCGCAGACGAACAAGCUUACUAUAUGUAUAUCUUGGAAAUUAUAUUUUUUCUGCUGCGGGAGCAGAAACCUUCUGAUCUUGCUAACGCAGCUCUAGUACGUAGCCAGAGUGAGAAGAUACGAGACGAGGCGGAGCUACUAGCUAUAAGACAUCGAGAAACCACCCAGAAGCAGCAAAAAACCAAGAUAUAUGCCGGCACAAGGCAUUCGAGAUUCGGAGGAACAUUUGUUGUCAAGUCCAUGAAGUCCAUCAGUGACAACGAACUGAUCUACCACAAACCCCUCAACAAGCUCGACUCGCUGAACUUUGAUACCGAUAAGAGGAAGCCCAAAAAUGACUAUUGCAAAUCAAAGGUGGAUGCUAUGAAAAAAAUCCAAGCCAAGUUGAGAGACAGGGAAUUCGAAAGCGCCAUAGGCCUGAUCCGAGCCGCUAGAGAGGUCUGGCCGGAGAACGACAGUUUCGGCAGCAGUACCAUAACUCCGGAGGAGGAGUUUCUAGCUCUCAGAGAAAUAUUCUUCGCCGAAUUAGGGAACGUUGAACCUCCUCCUCCUCAACAGAAUUCCGAUGACAGUGAAGAUGAUGACGAAGAGGAGGAGGAGGGAGGACCUAGAUAUUCCGAGACUGAUUUCAAUUUCGAUGAUUUUAUAAAGAGACUCCCUCACCCGAAAAUAAUCAAAGCCUGUGGUCUAGCACUAAGAACAUUCGAGACAAAUUCCGUCAACACAAACCACUGCAUCCUCAAACUACUGCACCGAAUAGCAUUCGAUUGCAAAAUGUAUGUGAUGGUCUUCCAGCUGAGUAUUUUCCGCACUUUCCAGAAAAUUAUGUCGUUGAAGGAUGCGCCCCAGCACAAGGAGCUUAUCAAAUUUGCUACUUACAUCCUCAGACAGUUCUUCAAAGUCGCUGAGAAGAACGAGCUGGUUUUCCUUGAGGCUGUAUUCUGGACAGCAAAAAGAGAGGCAUAUGAGAUCGAAAACGGGUAUGGCACGUUCGAAAAGACUUCAACGGCCAGCAAAACUUGGUCCGAAGAAGAGGAAGACGAGCUACGUCGGCUUUUCAUGGAGCACCAGCAAAAUCAAGUCGAAGAAGAUGUCGUCGAUUGGAUUUGUAGCAACCUCAUAGACAACACCAAGUCCAGAAGGAUUGUCCUGAAGAAGCUCAAGGAACUGUACCUCCUCGCCAACUACAAGCCAAAGAAAAAGUCUGUGGGGAGGAUGAAACCUCCGCAGAACUGGGGCGCAGAGGAAGAGGCGCAACUGCGGGAGCUCUAUGAGGAGUUCAAAGACGCCAUGGACCCUUUGGGGUGCAUCAUGUCCAGAUUGGAGAUAGUCAGGCCAAAGAAUAGAGUAGUGGAGAAGCUGCUCGUCAUGGGAUUGGUGCAGGAUAAGAAAGAGCUGCGCAAGAAGAGAGCCAAGUCCGGGAAGAGGAAAUCAAACGUGCAGGGAGGCCAGAGCUCCGAGGGGUCUUCAGACAGUGAGGCGGGGUCUGAUGAUUCUACACGUUCAGUUCCUAGGCUUGCUAAAAACCCCGUCAAGCGUCCCAGUAAAAAAUCCGCCAAGGUUAAGAAGAAAAGCCCCCCAGUCAGAGCUCCUAGAUCGGAACUAGCCAAGUUGCUGCUGGAGAAUGUUGAACAUCAGCACCAAGAAGCCCUGGAGUGGCUCAAAGACAGCUUAUCUGAUGCUAUUGAAGACUACGAAGACGGAAAUGAUGUUGGGAUCCCCCUAGUACCCAUUAUGGACUACGCGGUAGCUGCGAUGGAGCAUGAAGCUUUCCAGAAGUUGUUGAAGGGUUUCGGUGUAAGCGAACCUUUCGUCGAACAGGAGGCUUACUGGAGGAUUCCAGGAGAUAUACCUGUGGAUGUUUUAACAGGCUUGUGUGAACUAAUUCAAGGGGCUCUGGAUGGUACUCUCGAGGUUCAGGAAAAUGGGUCUGCAACUGGCCCUGGAGGCAGCGAGUCUGAAGAGGAUUAUCUGGAGGUGCUGAACAGAAAUAAGGGGCAGCAAGCGGCGAAAGAUAGCUCCAAUGAACCAGUUGAUGAUCGUCCAGAGGUAUCAAAAUAUAAGGGUGCCAGGAAGAGAAUCACUAAAAACUUAAGUGAGAGCGAAGAUGAACAUCCUGGGUCGAAUAUCAUCGAGGAUCAGGAACCUCUCGACAAAAGCCUCCCCAGCACCAGUAAGAAUAUUCUGUCGGAAAGUGAUGAAGAACCAGGACAAAAGCGCUCUAGUCAGUCUGCUGUGAAUCCCAAAAACAGUAUUGAGACCGAUAGUGAAGAUGAAGGGACCAAAGAGACUGCUAAUGUUAUCAAUGGUGAUACUGUUGCUGGAAAGAAUAUGAAUGUUCUGGAAUCGGACAGCGAUGAAGAUGUUGGUUCUAUUCAGAAAAGGGUCAGAUCGCCCGAUUCUGAUUCUGGGAAACCUGUUAAAAGGAGUAGGGUGAUAGAAAGCGAUGAUGAUGAUGAUGAAUAGAGUGAUAUUUUAUUUUUAGAAGAGCCAUUCAAAGAAAUAUCUCUAGACCGCCAACUAAUAGAAGGUAAGAAACACAUCAACACCCUCCUGGAGAAACUGACCCUGUUGU